CAGCGUAGUCACGGCGACCGGCCAUGUGUUCAGUACUGUUCAGUCGGUGGUUUGUCGCGCACCGGUUAAGAGAAGGUUGUCGUGCGUGUGUUUGUCUCGUGGUUCUUCGUGUACCUUCGUUUUACGAAAGCGUUCUCGUGCAUAGAAACCACUUGACACUGACAAAACUAAACACUUGGCGUCCUACUGCUGCAGGUUGUUCGACAUCCUCCACUUGCAAACUACUCUGGCUUUCGUAGCAGUUACGAUAAUUAAACGAUUCAGAGUACAAUCACUUAAAUUGUUAAAAAUUCGAGCAGACGAUUUUGUGAAUUUAAAACUUCUUGCAACUUUAUUCGUGAAACACAUUUUAACCGAAUUCGGUGGUGGCUUGGAUAAACGUUGGAAAAUCGAGACAAUGAUAGUGUCGUUGAAAACUUGGUACGAAAUAACGCAUAUUAAAAUAUCCUGUGCCUCGGUCGCGUUUAAUCUACAAAGUGACAACGUACACGCGAAGAAGAAAUUUUACGUAUGAUUGCGUAUUUCGAAUCGAAGAUAAUUCGCGCGAGUCGUUGACAUGCGCAGUUACGUUAGUUUCCCGCUAGGACGUUCGAUUUAGAGAUAUCGAAAAGAAUCGGAAGUUGCUCUUUUCGAUGAGAAUCGAAGGAGUUCGAGAAGUGAAGAAGAACAGUGACUAGCGUCGUAUGUUAUGACUGGCGUAUUUUUUACGAGGCAAAAGGAGGAGAACGAUGUGGGGUGGUUGCCGUUGAUCGUUGAUGAACGAGAAAAGCGCGAAAAUCUCGAAGAAGAAGGACGGUCGGUGAAAUUUGGCGGCGGGGGUGGGCCGCAGGCUCGUUUGUCGGUGAUUGGCGCGGGAUACACCGGCACCGGUAGUGCUAAAAUGCCCCGUGGCCUGCCGACUAGACGAGGUCUCCAGGCGUUGGCACUUGUUCUGGCCACCGCUUAUGCUACGAUUCUCCUUUAUCAGGCCGUUGCACCUCGUCAGUGGGUAGACGAAAUGACGGUCGAAGUGAACAGUCGAAGCGUACUGGUGGAAAUACCAGUUUCGAGGAGAACGAUAAGCGAAGAAUCGUCGGUAACACCUGCAAUCGCAACGGCGACCAUGGCACCGUUCACCACGAAUCUCAACGACGUGUUUAUCAGCGUCAAGACUACUAAACACUACCAUCAUUCUCGUUUGCCGGCGAUCAUCGGCACGUGGUUUCAAUUCGCCAAAGAUCAGACGUGGUUCUUCACCGACCGUGACGACCCGUACUUCCAGAACCAAACCAACGGCCAUAUGAUCAACACCAAGUGCUCUUCCUCCCACAACAGGCGAGCCCUUUGCUGCAAAAUGUCCGUCGAAUUCGACAGGUUCCUCGACAGUGGCCGCAAGUGGUUCUGCCACUUCGACGACGAUAAUUACGUGAACGUGCCACGGCUGCUGAAGCUUCUGGACAACUACAAUCCACGGGAGGAUUGGUACCUGGGCAGGCCCUCGAUACCGGCACCCUUGGAGAUCAUCAGGCAAGGACCGGAACCCUCCAAGAGACCGCAAAAGGUGAAAUUCUGGUUCGCGACCGGUGGGGCUGGAUUUUGCAUCAGCAGGGCGCUCGCGCUUAAAAUGACCCCCGUGGCUGGAGGAGGAAAAUUCAUUACGGUGGGUGACAGAAUCAGGUUGCCCGACGACGUGACGAUGGGAUACAUAAUCGAGUACCUACUGAAGAAGCAACUCACAGUCAUCGAGCAAUUCCAUUCUCACUUGGAGCCAAUGAAGUUUCUGAAUAAGGACACAUUCGGCGAUCAGGUGUCGUUCAGCUACUCGAAGGGUCCUAGGGACGAGUGGAAUAUCCUGAAGAUCGACGGCUUCGACACGAAGGACGAUCCAAAGAGAAGAUCCAGAGUGUCAGCCGGAUUUCCUGUCCAACUAUCUCCAUCUGUCCUGACUCUGAAGAAACCUAGAACGAAGUCGGUAAAGCUGCUCUCCUCCUUCCUCGCCUUCGAUUCCCAACCACUCGUCUUCAACAUUUUACUUCACCAUACAUCUUUUGCUAUAUGUAACGUUAGCAAUUUGCAAAUAUUCAACUUGGACUUUGAUGUUAAAUAAAAUCACGAGAAAUAGAAGUAUCAACAU